AUGGCAUCCAACUUGACAGUAAACGUGCAUCCAGGUGUCUACAUGAAUGUCGUCGACACUCAUAUGAGACGAUCGAAGAAUUCACAGAAAGCGGCCGGACAGGAGAAGUGUAUGGGAACACUCAUGGGAUAUUAUGAGAAGGGAUCUAUUCAGGUGACAAACUGCUUCGCCAUUCCAUUCAACGAGUCGAAUGACGAUUUGGAGAUUGACGAUCAAUUCAACCAACAAAUGAUAUCCGCAUUGAAGAAGACGUCGCCAAAUGAGCAACCAGUCGGAUGGUUUCUGACGACUUCUGACAUCACGUCGUCUUGUCUCAUUUAUCACGACUACUACGUCCGUGUCAUCACUGAAGCCUCAGCUCGUCGUGAAUCUCCACCGAUAGUCGUCCUCACAAUCGAUACGACUUUCUCUGGAGACAUGGCUAAACGUAUGCCAGUCCGUGCGUAUCUUCGCUCGAAAGCCGGAAUUCCUGGAGCCGCCGGACCACAUUGUGCCAUUUUCAACCCACUUCGUGUCGAGCUCGCCGCAUUCCCGGGAGAACUUGUGGCGCUGCAAUUGAUGGAGAAGGCGUUGGACUCCAGAAGACGUGAGGCAACUUUGGAGAGUGGAUUGGAGCAGUUGGAGGUGUCGACUGCACAGAUGAUUGAGUGGUUGGAAAGAAUGUUGAGCUACGUCGAAGGAGUGAACAAGGACGGUGAGAAGCCAGGAGACGCUCAAAUGGGACGGCAACUUAUGGAUAUCGUCACCUCGUCAUCGAACAACAUGCAACCGGAGAAACUCGACACUCUUGUCAAGAACACUCUUCGUGACUACGUGAUGGUCUCAUAUCUUGCCAAAUUGACUCAAACUCAACUUCAAGUUCACGAGCGUCUCGUCUCUGCAUAG